CCCGGCCGUCACGGGCCCGGCCUGCUCCUUGCGCGCGGCGGCCCUGAGCGCGCCCGCGGCGGCGGCGGCGGGAGGCGGGGCGAUGGGCACCACCGACACGGCCGGGUCCAGCGGCGGGGCGGCGGUCGCGGACUUGUCGGCGACGUACGUGGUCGUGCGGCGCGUCGAGGUCUGCAGGGAUCAUCCGGGGCUGCUGUUAGUACGCUUCCUGGCACAAAGGAAGGGCGCUGCCCAUGUAGGCUGGGUGGUUGGGGCUUCGCAACUCACCACCGUCACAGAGGGUGUCACCCCGGGCAGGUACGUGCUGCUGAUUAGGCACGCGUAGCAUGGGGUCGCGGACAGGGUCGCGCAGUACGAGGUCCGGAGGGUCGACCCCUGGUCCGGGAGGGUUUUGGUGGCUGUUUGGGAGAGAGAUGGCGGUUAGAUGGGUGGUGCGCAAGAGGGUGGAGGUGACGAGGGUUAUGGGAGAGGCGGAAAACUCACUGGUGCUGCCCUCGGGACAGAUUUCGAUCACUUCGACGACGUAGAUAAUCUCCACAGUGACAAACUUGUUGCACGACCCGUUGUCGUAGGGAAUGGGGGUCAGUGGUGGCAUGGUGCUAGGGAUGCCAGUCGAGGGUCCCGUCGGCCAUAAAGUUGGCGAGGUCCCGGUUGUGGUCGUCAAAGUCGUCGCGCUCCAGCCGUCCGUAGUGCCAGGCAUGGAGGUAGACGGCGUCGGAUCGAUGUUGGUGCUGGGAGACGAGGGUCCUGUCGUUGUUGGCCCCGUCGGGGAGGUCGAAUCCGUCGUCGUGGUCCUGGACAGGCCGUCCGUGAGCGGCGUGGAGAAGCCGUAGGGGCACGGCGUCGACAUGGAUCCCGACGUGUGCGUCCAGUCCAUCGUGCUGCUGGGAUGGUAGGUCGUUUCCGGGGUGGCGGUGGUGGAGGGAGCAUCCGUGUCCGAGGUUUGGGUGG